AUGAUCUCCGCAGCACUUCUUCUUCUUCCUGCUUUGGCAGUGGCCUCUCCAUUGAAUUCGGCCUAUACGCCACUUGAACGUCGCGAUGCUGGUCCACCGCUUGAUCAGAUCACCAUUGUCGAUUCCGGAUACUCAGGAAAUGGAUGCCCACAAGGAUCCGUCAGUACUACACUGUCACCAGACAAGACUCUCAUCACCUUUGGUUUUGACAAAUUCCAAACCUUUAUUGCCCCAGGACUUUCCCCAGCUGAGAAGACGAAACAGUGCCAACUCCAUCUCUCAUUGAAGUACCCAGGUGGUUUCCAAUACGCCGUCACAGACGCUACCUACCACGGUUACGCACGUCUCGAUGCAUCCGUCACAGGAACCUUCCUUUCAACCUACUACUUUUCGCAAUCCGCUUCCCAAACCUGCACCACCAGAUCUAGCAUCAGUGGCCCGGGUUGGCUUCUCGGUGAUGUUUACACCAAACACGACCAAGUCGAGACGACCGCAACCAUCUGGUCUCCAUGCGGAGCUACCGGUCUCUUAAACAUCAACAACCGUAUCGCUCUCACUUCCAGCACUGCCAGCGGCACCGGCGAGGUUUCCAACGAUGAUGCCACCGUGGCUUUCACCCAACAAGCUCACGUCUCUUGGAGACAAUGCGUUCCAGGCGGCUCAACCGGCGGCGGAACCUUCACUCCAGGCCCAGGCGGCGUCGUCGAGGACCGCGAUGCUCCUACCUCUGCUGCUGACCCUCCACCUCAAUUCUCCAUCAUCCCAGGUGGGGGAACCGUUGUUACUCCUGGUGGAGGUUCUACUGGACCGAUUAGCCCAAGUCCUAGUAACGUUUGGACAAUCGGUCCUGGAUCUACUACUAUUACUCAUGGAUAG